AUGGUCUUUGCGGUGGAGGAAAUCAAUCAAAAUAUGACGCUGCUACCAGGAGUUAACCUGGGCUAUCGUAUACUUGAUAGCUGUGCCCGAUACCCCUGGGCUCUGCAAGGUGCAAUGUCACUGGUCGGAGGAGACACACACAGCUGCAACUCAACUAAGCCUGUUCCUUUGCUCAUCGCUGCUGCCACAUCAACAACAGGCAUCAUUCUGUCCAGGAUCCUGGGGCCUCUCUCUGUCCCAGUUAUCAGCUACUUUGCAAGCUGCCCCUGUCUUAGUGACAGGAUAAAAUACCCAAACUUCUUCAGAACCAUUCCCAGUGAUGUUUACCAAGCCCAAGCCCUGGCACAGCUGGCCAUACGCUUCCACUGGACUUGGGUUGGAGCAGUGAUAGAAAACAAUGAUUAUGGUAGACUGGCAAUACAGGUGUUUCAGGAAGAGGUUCGGGGGAAAGGAGUGUGUUUGGACUUCAUAGAGACUGUCCGCAGAGAAACUGUUGUGAGAGAUGUCAGACGUGCAGCACUCACAAUUCAAGCUUCAACUGCGAGGGUGAUUCUGAUCUUUUGCUGGUAUACUGAAGUGAGGAAACUACUUCAGGAGCUGGCCAGGAUAAAUGUGACUGACAGACAGUUCCUGGCUAGUGAAGCCUGGAGCACCAGUGAAGAUCUUCUGCAAGAUUUAACUAUUUCAAAAGUUGCGAGUGGUGUCCUUGGUGUGGCCAUUCGAAGUUCAGCCAUCCCUAGAUUUGAAAAAUUUCUAAGAAGUUUGCACCCAAGUCAUCGUCCUACUGAUGUUUUCUUAAGAGAGUUCUGGCAGAAGGAGUUUGGAUGCAAUCCUCUUUCCACAGAUUCAUUCAAGUCUCUUCUGAAAAGCUUACUACCUCCCUGCAGUGGAAAAGAAUCCCUGCAGAACAUGCAGCGUCCCUUUACUGACACCUCCCUGCUAAGGGUGUCGUAUAAUGUUUACCUUGCUAUCUAUGCUGCUGCACAUGCCCUCCACAGCCUUCUAUCCUGCCCAGGGAGAGACAGAUCUACUAGAAAUAACAGAUCCACCUGCUCCUCUCCAAAACACAUCAAGCCCAUAGAGCUGUUGCAGCAUUUAAACAAAGUGAACGUCACCACACCACAUGGGGAAAGCUUUUACUUCCAAGGUGCUGACAUCCCAGCAAAGUACGACCUAGUUAACUGGCAGAAAACCCCUGGGGGGCCACUGAAACUUGUCUUGGUCGGCCUUGUGGAUGGGUUUGAGCCUCACCUGAACCAGUCAGCUGUUCAGUGGAGCACAGGAUCCAGUCAGGUCCCUGUUUCACUGUGCAGUGAGAGCUGCCCUCCAGGUACCAGAAAGGCCAACAGGAAAGGGGAGCCUCUUUGCUGCUUUGACUGUAUCCCAUGUACUGAAGGGGAGAUUAGUAAUACAACUGGUUCUCUUCAUUGUGAGCGAUGUUCGUCUGAGUUCUGGUCCAAUGCUGAAAGAACAGCCUGCAUCCCUCGUCAGCUGGAUUUCCUUUCCUUUAAUGAAACUUUGGGCAUUACUCUGACUACAGCGGCUGUGUCUGGUGCUGCAGUGACAUCAGCUGUAUUUGUGGUAUUUCUUUAUUACCGUCAUACACCUAUGGUACGAGCCAAUAAUUCAGAGCUGAGCUUCCUGCUUCUUGUGUCUCUGAAGCUCUGCUUCCUGUGCUCACUGGUCUUCAUUGGACGUCCAUCAGUCUGGUCCUGUCGCUUCCAGCAGGCAGCUUUUGGGAUCAGCUUUGUACUCUGUGUUUCCUGCCUCCUGGUCAAAACCCUUGUGGUUCUUGCAGUUUUCCGCUCAGCUCGGCCUGGUGCUGAAACCUUGAUGAAGUGGUUUGGACCUGGUCAACAGAGAGGAAGUGUCCUCCUCUUUACCUGUGUACAGGUCAUUAUCUGUGCCACAUGGUUGGCCCUUAGCCCACCAGAGCCUCGGCGUGAUCUGGGGUUCCGAGGGUCAAAGGUCACCCUUGAAUGUGCCAUGGCCUCUGUGGUGGGCUUCUCUCUGGUUCUUGGCUACAUUGGCCUGCUGGCCUGCACCUGCCUCCUCUUGGCCUUUCUUGCUCUGUCUACAAUAGCUGCAUCUAUGCCUGGGUUCUCCUGGCUCCUGGCUCUGUGGCCCUCCUCGCCCCUGCUGCUCAUGGGGCUCAUGGAAAGACCGCUAGGGCUCAGGCUGGGGUUGCAGGUUGUUCAUUCUCUCACUUGUUCUCGGUGGGGCUCACCAGAUGACCAGGGUCUGUUCCAGGAUGGUGAUAUAGUGCUUGGUGGGCUCUUCAGUCUCCGUUACAGGCCCUCAGCUACAGACCAAGACUUCACCCAGAUGCCAUACUACCAGUCCUGUGCAGGUUUGGAAAAUCUCCCAUUGCAGUACAUAUAUGCUAUGGUUUUUGCAAUGGAAGAAAUCAACCUUAGUACAACCUUGCUUCCAGGGGUGAAGCUUGGGUAUCACAUUCGUGAUAGCUGUGCCAUACACCCAUGGGCAACUCAGGCAGCAAUGUCACUUGUUGGAGGAGACAGCAGCAGCUGCAAUGCAACAUUUCUAACUAACUAUUCUGCUAUGAAUGAAGAGAAGAUCAGAAAAAGGAGCGGUGAUAAGCCUGUUCCUUUGAUUAUUGGUGGUUCUUCAUCUGUGGCAGCCAAAGUACUCUCUAAAAUCCUGGAACCACUCUAUAUGAGCUACACAGCAAGCUGCCCCUGUCUAAGUGACAGAACCCAGUAUCCUAAUUUCUUCAGAACCAUGCCAAGUGAUAUUUACCAAGCCCGGGCCAUUGCUCAGCUUGCCAUUCGCUUCAAAUGGACCUGGAUUGGAGCAGUGGUAGCAAACAAUGAUUAUGGCCACAUGGCAGUAAAGAUUUUUCAGGAGGAGACUCAGGGUAAAGAGGUGUGUCUGGCAUUCAUCGAGACUCUCCAGAGGGAAAGAAUUGUGAGUGAUUCCAGAAGAGCAGCACUCACAAUCCAAGCCUCCACUGCAAGAGUGAUUCUGGUCUUUUCCUGGUACACAGAUGUGAGGGAACUGUUCAUACAACUCUCCAAGAUAAAUGUGACUGACAGACAGUUUCUGGCCAGUGAAGCUUGGAGCACCAGUAGUAAUCUCCUUCAAAAUCCUGUCACCUCUGAAGUGGCAAGAGGUGUUCUUGGUGUGGCCAUUCGAAGUUCAUCUAUUCCAGGAUUUCACAAUUUUCUAAGGAGUUUAAGCCCUUCUAAGCGCCCUGAUGACAAGUUCUUAAGAGAAUUCUGGGAAAAGGAGUUUGGCUGCAGUCCUAAUGUUACACCUCAGUCCCCAUUUCAUAAAAACAGGUUGUUUCUGAAGGCCUCACUUCCUCCCUGCAGUGGUACAGAGUCCCUUCAGAGUGUGCAGAAUCACUUCACUGACACCUCUCAGCUGAGAGUGACUUAUAAUGUCUACCUUGCUGUUUAUGCUGCUGCACAUGCCCUCCACAGCCUUCUCUCCUGCCCUGACAACAAAAACUCCACAUGCUUUAUUCUGAAACACAUCAAACCUAUAGAGCUGUUGCAGCAGAUGAGCAGCGUGAACUUCACCACACCACAGGGUGAUCUGUUGUAUUUCCAAGGGGGUGACGUUCCAGCAAAAUAUGACCUCCUCAACUGGCAGAAAACACCUGAGGGCCCACUGAAAAUGGCCCUGAUUGGUCGUGUGGACGGGUUUGACAUCCACCUAAAUGAGUCAGCUAUUCAGUGGAGCACAGGAUCAAAUCAGGUCCCUGUUUCAGUGUGUAGUGAGAGCUGCCCUCCAGGUACCAGAAAGGCCAACAGGAAAGGGGAGCCUCUCUGCUGCUUUGACUGUAUCCCAUGUGCUGAAGGAGAGAUUAGUAAUACAACUGGUUCUCUCCAUUGUGAGCGAUGUCCACCAGAUUUCUGGUCCAAUGUUGAACAAACAGUCUGUAUCCCUCGUCAGCUGGAUUUCCUUUCCUUUAAUGAAACGUUGGGCAUUACUCUGACUACAGCGGCUGUAUCUGGUGCUGUGGUGACAUCAGCUGUAUUUGUGGUAUUUGUUUAUUACCGUCAUACACCGAUGGUACGAGCCAAUAAUUCAGAGCUGAGCUUCCUGCUUCUUGUGUCUCUGAAGCUCUGCUUCCUGUGCUCACUGGUCUUCAUUGGUCGUCCAUCAGUCUGGUCCUGUCGCUUCCAGCAGGCAGCUUUUGGGAUCAGCUUUGUACUCUGUGUCUCCUGCCUCCAAGUCAAGACCAUAGUUGUUCUGGCAGCUUUCCGCUCAGCUCGGCCUGGAGCUGAAGCCUUGAUGAAGUGGUUUGGACCUGGCCAACAAAGAGGAAGUGUCUGUGUCUUUACCAGCAUACAGGUCAGAGUUAUCAUCUGUGUCAUUUGGCUCUCACUCAGCCCUCCAGUUCCUCAAGCUGACCUAAAAGUUCCAGGAGUAACGGUCACUCUGAAAUGUGCCAUGGCCUCUGUGGUGGGCUUCUCUCUGGUUCUCGGCUACAUUGGCCUGCUGGCCUGCACCAGUCUCCUCUUAGCUUUUUUAGCCCGUAAGCUCCCUGACAACUUCAAUGAGGCGAAACUGAUCACCUUCAGCAUGUUGAUAUUCUGUGCUGUCUGGGUGGCUUUUGUUCCUGCUUAUGUCAGCUCUCCAGGAAAAUUUUCAGUUGCUGUAGAGAUAUUUGCAAUCCUGGCCUCUAGCUAUGGAUUACUUUUGUGCAUAUUUGCUCCAAAGUGUUUCAUCAUUCUUUUGAGGCCAGAGAAAAACACAAAAAAACACCUGAUGUCCAGAUAACUGUCAGAAAACGAAGACAAUGCAUGCUGUUACUUGAAACAUGAGAUAAAUUGCAGUAAAAAUUAGAAAAUGUUACCUAAAGAUUUAAUUUUCACACAUGUUUGUAAUUGAAAGUGUUUAAAAAAUGUGACUCAAUAUCUGCUAGCUAGCUGCUAUCAGGUAUCUAUUGAUGUAUGUAGAUGGACGACUUAUCUGUUUAAUUAUAUAUAAAUGUAUGCUUUUUUAAUACUUUCUGACCAAGUGAUACAAGUAUCACAAACACCUUUGUUUACUUCAUUGUUAACAACUUUUACUCAUUCACAAAACCUUGUAGUACUUUGA